AUGGUUGAGACAAAGCUGGGCUUUAAAAGAUCAGUGAUAAAGGAAGGACAUUUCAGGAACAAGCUGUACACUGAAAUCAAGUGUGAGAAGUGUGGCACAUUUGCAGAACUGCACGGAAGUUUAACAUGGCUCUACUGCAGGGAAGGGUUUUCACUCAUUGGUAGCAAGAACUGGUUGAAGAUUGUAAGACGCAUGGAUUGUCUGUUGUUUGGAACGACGAUAAAGCCUGUGGUGGUUAUGACUACGUUCAGCUUGUCUCCUAAUCACCAAGUUGUUCCAUUGCAGUCGCACCAGCACCCAGAGCAGCAGCAGUGCUUACUGGCCGGCGCGGCCACUUCAGGAGGAAGGACCUCAGUGACCUGCUUAGCUCAGUCUCUCCUGGCAUCAAAGGAGCUGCCCCUUGUCUAUGAACAAUCUGUAUGGAAUGCAGAAGAAAUAGGCCCUUUUCUACGUUUGUGCCUCAUGGAUCAAAGUUUCCCAGCAUUUGUGGAAGAUGUGGAAAAGAACCUAAAAAAGCUGGCAGGGUUGAGAAAUUAACCCUGUAUGUACAUAUCCCACCAGGGAACUUGA